GUUGAGCAACAAACAGUUUCAAAAGCGGCGGGCUCUGCCCUUUACAACAAACUGGAAAACUUAUCUUGGUAUAAUUGUAAAUGGAAUUUGUGGUCACACUGCCUGCAAUCUCUUCGUAAACGAAUUAAUCACAAUAGCAUUCGCAAAUAUUAAAAAGCGCAAAUUUAAAUAAUGGAUUUGCAGCAGUUGGAGGAGGAGGCGCGCCAAGCAGCGCUCAAGGACAUACAGAACAUGCUGCAGCGUCCCGGCCAGUUGGAGAAGGUCGAGCAGUAUCGUCAUCGCAUUGCCCGCAAAAAAGCCUCAGUGGAGGCGUUGCUAAAGACGGGAAUGCAGAAUCAGCUGGAGGGCGUGCGUGUGGGACUGAAACAGCUGGAGACGUGCAUGCAGGAUGUGCGCGAGGUGCGUCGUCGCAUGGACGCUGUGGAGCGGCUGUUGGAGGGUGUUCCCGAGGUCUAUGAUGCUUUGGAAGUGGUGCGCGAGGAGAACACAAAACAUUCACAGUAUGCGACGGCCAUGGAGAAUCUGAAGCACAUCUUCAAUGUGGAUGCCAGCGUGCAAAAGACCAUGGCACUCAUCGAUGAGGAUAAGCUACUCAAUGCCCAUCAGUGUUUGUCGGAUUUAGAAAACUCUCGCGACGAUCUGUUGUACGAGCUGCACAAGCAGCCCAAGCAACAUGCCUCCGAUAAGAUUACGCUAAAGCGGCACUUUGAAAAGGUCGACACCGUGUCGCAGGCGCUGGAGAAGAAGAUCCGCCUCAUAAUCAGUCGCACACUGAACACGGUGCGCAAGAAGCCCACCGUUAUUGUGACCGCCCUUCGCAUCGUUGAGCGCGAGGAGAAGAACGAUCAGUUUGCGGUUCAGCAACAGAAAGUUACGGGCUUCCUCCCUCCGGGACGUCCCAAGGCCUGGCGCAAAAUGAUUAUGGAUGUGCUGCAGGCGGCGGUCAUCACACGCAUCGAGGGCUCCAAGCUAGAGGAACGAGCGGAUAACAAAAUGUGGCUGGUGCGUGAUCUGGAAAUACUGCGUCAGAUCAUCCUCGAGGAUCUGCGAGUGGUAAAGUCAUUGUGCGUGCCCUGCUUUCCACCACACUACGACAUCUUCAACGAGUACGUCAAGUUCUAUCACGAGGGACUUUCCAGCUAUCUCGAUAACAUCGUGCGCUCGGGUUUGGAGGGCAAUGAGUAUGUUUCUAUGCUAGCCUGGGUCACACACACUUAUCCGGGCGUGGAGCUCAUGUCGCAUCCCGAUCUCAGCGUAGAUGUGCACAAACUGGCGGGUCCAUUGUUGCGACAGGAGCAUCUCAAGGCGCUAGAGAACGAGUAUCUGCAGAACAUGCAGCGCAAUUAUCAGGAAUGGAUGACGAAGGCUGCGCAGACCGAGAAGCAGGAAUGGUUCUCCGAAAUGGUGCCCGAUCAGGAUGAGCAUUAUUAUCACACCUCGGCGCCUGUGAUCAUCUUCCAGAUGAUCGAUCAGCAUCUGCAGGUGACCAACACCAUACACCAGGAGCUGACGUUUAAGGCGCUGGUCAUGAGCAUUCAACAGGUUGAGAUCUUUGGCCAGACGUAUCUAAAGAAUGUCAUCGAGCUGAAGGAGCAUCAUUUUCGCAAUCGCGACCAGAUCAAAUACUUUACGCACUAUAUCAUUACCAUUGUGAACAACAGUCAACAGAUGGUGGAGUUGGCACAGCAGAUGAAACAAUUGUAUUGGCCCAAAUCACGCACAGAUCACUACGAGGAUUUCGAGAAGUUGUUGGCCACCUUUCAACGCAUACGCGCUCAUGCCGCCAACUAUCUGCUGGAGGAGGCCUUCUUGGACAUGGAGUGUCAUUUCAAUGAUCUGUUUACCGUCAAGUGGCUGGGCAGUAGCAUUGCCGUGGACACCAUUUGUGUGACCCUCGACGAUUACUUCCAGGACUACAAUCAUCUGCGUCCGGCCAACUUUGAGAUGGUCAUCAACGAGGCGCAAAAGCUGCUGGCCAAGCGCUACAUCCGUGCCCUGCUCUCCAAGCGUUUAUCGAAGCCGCGUGUGGAAUGCGAUGCGAUUACGAGGAAGAUCAAUCAGGAGGCAAAGCGAUUUAAGCUCUUCUUCGAGAAGAUUGCACCCAAGAUAUCGCUAAGUGAUUCCCCCUUGGAUCUAAUUGCCACAUUAUCGGCACUACUUAUUUCGGAUAUUGAGCUGUUGAUCUUGGAUUUGCACACGUUGCUGGGCAGUUAUCCGUCGUUGAGUGAGGAUCAUUUGGUGCGUUUGUUUUACAUACGUAACGAUGUGAAGGCGGCGGAGGUGCGGGAGAAGGUGCAGGAUGCCAUGAAGUCCAAGAAGUCAAUGGUCAGCAUUGCAAAGCAGGAUUGCAUAUUCAAAGAGAUUGUGUUUAGUGACAAGCUGUGGUAGACGCAA